CCCUCAUGUGUUUCUCCAGCCUUCUAUGAAAUGAUCAAUAAUGUGAUCUGAUUCUCUGAUAUGACAGCUCCUGGAAGCAGCUCCCAGAACAACAAACACAUCGUGGCAUGUGAACACUCUGUUGCUGAGCUCCAUUGUGACAUAGGUCAGCUUAUAUCUGUGAGCAGAGCAAUGUACGGACGUAGUAACAACGAGACGUGCUCCUCUGGGCGCCCUGCUGAGCAGUUAAAAACCAUCUCAUGCUUGGGGAGCACAGACGAAGUUGCUAAGAGAUGUAACGGGAAGCAGAAAUGCUCUGUCCAGGCAACAAACGACAUGUUUGGAGAGCCCUGCCUUAACACCUAUAAGUACCUGGAGGUGAAUUACACAUGUCAAGGUGUCUGUGAUUCACCAAAAUUAAAUCUGACCGGCAAGAAAGCAUCUCAGUCUUCAACCUACACUGAUGAUAAAGGGAUAUCAUACAUCGCUGACAGAGCCUUUGAUGGGAAUCCCUCUACAUGUUCUCAUACCAAGGAGGAGACUAACUCCUGGUGGAGAAUUGACCUGCAGGGUGUUUACAAUAUUUCCUGUAUCUCUGUCUACAAUACUGUCCGGACUGAUAAUGUUAAUAUAGACGGCGCUAAGAUCUACAUUGGGAACUCUCUGCAGAACAACGGCAUCAGCAACACACUGGUUAAAAGCAUCUCAGGUUUCACAAAAGACCAGAUCUAUGGCUAUGAGUUGUCCCCAUCAGUGUCGGGGCGAUACGUCACCAUCAGCAUACCAGAAAACAAAUUUAUGAUUCUCUGUGAAAUAAACAUUGCUGUUGAAUCCCCCUUUGUAUUGAUCAAGGAGAACAAGAGCUGGGAAGAAGCCCUGUACUACUGCAGAGAUCACCACAGAGAUCUGGCCUCCAUCCUGGACCAGGAGACUCAGGCCUUUGCUGAGCUGGAGGCUGAGAAGGCCAACAGUCCCUUCGUGUGGCUCGGCCUUCACUACACCUGCACCCUGCAGUUCUGGUUCUGGGUUGAUGAUAACACUGUAGAGUUUGAACGCUGGGGUCCGAAUGGCCCAGAAGAAGACUGUGACAUGAGUGGAGCCAUGAAGACACAGGAAGACCAUUCCUGGUUCAGCAAGUCUGAUUAUGAAGAGUUUAAUUUCAUCUGUUCGUUGGAGUAAGAUUUUUGACUGCUAUAUUAUUUUAAUUUUUGGAUUGUUGACAAUUUUGACAAUAAACAGGUCUUUCUUUGUUUUUAAUAUAUUAAUAUAUCUCGCUUGCUAUUCUGGCUUCCACUUACUGUAUGUACAUUGCACAACAAAAUUGAAGGAACACUUAAUCAAGUCAGGUAAACCAGUGGAAUAUUGUUUUGGUAAAUUCAGUAGAGGGGGUGUUGAUCAGUGUCCAGGAACUCAGUGAUGCCUUGGUAGGGAUUUGGGAAGAGAUACUCCAGGACACCACUCAUCAUCUUGUAAAGUAAAUGGU